AUGCCGAUCCAGACAACAUUGCACAAAUGUCACAAAGAACAAAUAGAAGAAGAGAGGCAAUGUAUGAUGGCUGAAUUUGAAGAAAUGCGCCAGUUUCUGGAAGAUCAGGAGAACUUUUUGCUGCUUAAUGUUGUGGGAGGGUUAGAGAAGGGGAUGUUCUGGAAAAAGUCGCAGCAUGCAGCCUUCAUCUUCCAGGAAGUCUCAGCUUUUGAUGAUCUCAUCCAGGGACUGAAGGAGAAGUGCCAUCAGUCAGCAGUUGAGCUUCUUCAGGAUAUGGGAAGCACUCUUAAGAGAUGCAAGAAAACAUUUGUGAAUCCAAUGAUGUUUCACCCAUGGGUGAAAUUGGGACUCUGGGAUUUGUUUGACUUCAAUGCCUUUUUAGGGAAUAUCAUGAGACAAUUCAAAGAGAUCCUGAUAUCUGGAUAUCAGAUGCAGAAAGCAAAUGUGACUCUGGAUCCUGACACAGCUCAUCCUAAGCUCAUUCUCUCAGAAGAUCAUAAAAGCUUCUGGGUGGGAGAGAAAAGUCAAGAACUCGCUGAGGAUGACAGGAGAUUUGACCACAUGAUGUGCGUGUUGGGGUGCGAGAUGUUCCUCACUGGCAGGCAUUGCUGGGAAGUUGUUCUAGAAAAUGAGGGCGACUGGGCUGUUGGAGUUGCCCAAAAUUCAAUGAGGAGAAAGG